AUCGGGGCGACAGAAAACAACGAGGAGCGGACCAGAGGAGCGGUGUGUCUUACAGGCUCUCGCGGUAAAACGGUCCAACAAUUCAGAAAAGCGUGAACUUUUUUGUGUGCGAAAUUUAGACAUACACCUGGAUGGAAGACCGAAGAUUAUCGAGACAGAUUUCUUCUGUCGAUCAUCACGUGCGAUGUGAUGUGUAAUCUUUAGUCAUUGAUCAGUGUGGUUUCCUUCAUGCAGACUGGUCAUUUCCAAGCAACACCAUUGUGAACCAGAACGUUUGAUUUUCUGGUUUUUUUUUUCUUAGUGCAGUGUCAGUCUCCCGGUCCAGUCAGUUUCGUGUUUGCCGUCGAAGCAUAGUGUAUGCUCUUCUUGUGUGUGUGUGUGUGUAUUCCGUUCUGUUUCGUGUUGUGUUAUGCGCGCGCUACAAGACACAAAGAAAUAUCUCGAAUAGCUCGCCCAUUGUCGGAUAUCUUUGAAACAGGCUGAAUCGACAAUGGAUUCGGCCUCGGAUCGGGAUGCGAAAGCCAGCAAUGGAGGUGGCGAUAGAGGCACGCCGAAUCAUCACGGUAGCUCGUCGUCCGCCAUGAGUGUCCAGCAGGCUCAGCACGUUCAAGCCCAGGCUGCAGCCAUGAACGCUCUCGGACUUUUGGAUCCUUCAGCUCUUUUUGCCCAUUCGUUGUUUGCUGCCGGAAUUCCGGCUAGUUACAAUCCCAUGGCUCCAAUGUCCGGCUAUGGUCUUAUGGGUCAAGGCGGUCCGUCACCAUUUGCUCCUCCCUCAUCCAGCAAUCAAGCCAAUGCAGCAGCUCAGGCCGCCUGGUGGCAGGUAGCAUCACAAAUGGAUUAUUUAGCCCGGCUACAACACGCUGCCGCAUCCGCUUCCGCUGGUUCAUCGUCCGGUCGCAGUGGCGGUGGCGCUUCUUCCUCGUCAGCAGCAGCCGCCGCCGCCGCCGCUUCUUCCUCCACAUUCCACGGUAUUCCCGGAUUUAGCGGCAUGUCGGCAGCCGAUAGCAUGCUGGCCAGCUACACGAUGGCGAUGAACGCGGCCGCACAUUCCGGAAACGGUGGCAAAUCGGCAAAGAGUUCGUCGUCGUCGUCGCGCAACAGUUCCAAUCCCAUCGUGCGGGAUUCACUCAGCACGCAGCCUAUUCCUUCCGCCUCAACAGCCUCACCGUACCCACCGGCCAAUAGUACCUCCACUCCAUCGAGCAGCAAAUCUCGUCUACCUGCUGGAACGGAACUGAAAUUCAUGACGCCGACAUCAGCCGCCACGACAAGCAGCAGCACUUCCACCAACCGCAAAAGCAGUUCCAGCAGCAAAAGUCGACGGAGGGCCAACACGACUAAUAACGUAGAACCGGCGUCCGUCUCGAUUCACACUUCCGCAGCGUCCACGACAACGCCGAGUUCCAGUUUGUCGUCCCUCUCUUCCAUGGCCAUGUCGUAUCCUUUUUUCGGCAACCCGCUUGCCUCCCUGGGCAUGCCACCCGCCAUGGCUGCAGCCGUCCAGUCUGUCCAAUCAGCCCAGCCCAGUUCGUCGUCACCGGCCAACGAAGACAAAAAACGAUCCGGCAGGAAAACGGCUGAUCGACAUUCAGCCGAUUCAGCUACCGCCCAGCUACUCCGUCUGCCGACGACAACCAGCAGCUCUGUCACCGUCACCACUACCAGCAGCAUCAACAACAACACGAUCAACAACGGAACGAAAGCGAGGAGCCAAACUGUCAAUGGCAAACCGUUGGCGUUGGAUGUUAGUUCGUUGAUCGGCAAACCGAGCACAUCCACAUCCGAAGAAGCUCCAUUGAAUCUCUCGAUGAAAACGAAAGAAGAAAGUACGCAGCCUUCAUCGUCGGCCAGUAUAUCAUCGUCGACAUCCAGUUCGCGAUUGGGCCGUGGUGUUUCCAUGCCCAAGAAGAACACUGUUGCUUCUUUACUGGCGCAGAGCCGCAACCAGCGCAGUACAAGUCCGGGCGCUGGUGGUAGUGGUGGCGGCGCAGGAAGUUAUAACAGCACAGUCUCGGCUCCGCAUGCACACGCAGCCAGCAAUGCCAGCAGUGAUGAUAGACCAUCGAAACGACGUCGAUUCGUGUCAGAUGAAUCGGCUCUGCGAAUUCCAUUGGCUCACGGAUGGAAACGUGAGACACUCAUCCGCGCCAUCGGCAAAUCAGGAGUCCGCGGCGAAGUGACUUAUUACUCGCCGUCUGGCCGUCGCUUCCGCCAAUAUCCGGACGUGGUUCGCUACCUGGAAAGGCAAGGCAUCGGCACCAUCACGCGCGAUAAUUUCAGUUUCAGUACUCGUUGCAUCGUUGGAGAAUUCAUCCAACCGCUGGGCGAGUCUCCCAACGCCAGGGGAAUCCGCCUGGGCGAGCCGGAAGUGCGCCAUUUAGUUGAUCAAAUACGGAUCGCACGCGGAUGGAAACCGCGCAGUCGCCGCAUGACGGAAGAAGAGAAAGAAGCCAUGAAUCGACAACGAGAAGCUCAAAGGGUUGCCCAGCGAAUGGAAGCGCAAGAGAUGGCGCGUCAAGCGCAGGAAGCCAAGCUCCAACAGCGGAUGGAACGGGAACGAGCCCUCCAGGAAGCUAAAGAAGCCCGUCGUCAGAUGCGCGAACAAGAGAAGCUGGAACGGCAAGAGGCUCAGCGCAAGGAGCGCGAACUACGCACUCAGCAGCUAAUGGAAGCCCGGAAGAAACGUCAAGAGGAGCUGGAUCGGUUAAGGGAAGAAGAACAACAGCGCAAAAUCCAGGAGUUGAACAAACAACGCGAGCUCUUCUACACGGCCGAACUGGAACGCGAGAGGAAAAGGCAACAUACAGCCGUCGUUAAAGCGCUGGAAGCCCGGAAGCGUUACGAAGAACGGGAAAGACGACGUGAGGAGAUGAAAGCCGAGAAACGGGCGGAACGCGAGAAAAAGAUGGAAGAACGUCGACGAGAGCUGGAAACAUGGCGAGAUCAACGUAGUCCAACUGAAGACACAUCGUUGAUGGAUCACAAGCCUUUACCGGAUGUUCCUCGUGUCAAUAACCUCAAGCUUGCCGGACAGGCUUUUGCCGACAUCCUGAUGCUCUACGAGUUCCUACACACGUUCGGUGAGACCCUGGGCUUCGACAUGGAGAGUCUUCCCUCGCUGGAUAGCCUCCAGAGGGCCCUUCUCUACGACAGCGAAGCAGAAGAAGAACUACUGUCGGUCAUGACUCACCUGCUGGUGUGCUCCAUCGAAGAUCCGGGUAUUCCGCACCCCAACCGGCAUACGACAUUGCUGGGCCAAACGUUGAAACAGGCGGACAUUACGACAACUAAUGUCAGCGAGAUAUUACGCAUCUACUUACAAGCCAACGGAUUAGGUGACAUGAAAAUGCCGGCCGCCGAUAAGAUUACCUCGAGUCCUCUUAAGCUGGCUGCCGGUGAAUAUCCGGACACGGAAGCCUUCCUCAUGUCUGAAUGGCUGAAACGAAAGCCAUUCUUAUCUCUUAAUCCGACACAGAAGGCAUCCAUUUUGGGUUUCAUGGUCAACGAAUUGCUGCAGAACAAAGCCGUCAUUGGGCAGAUCGAAGGUGCCAUCGAGGGUCAGAAUACGGCCAGAAGAGAUCGAUGGAUCGUGGACAGUAAAAUUAAGAAGCUCAAAACGCUUCAUUCCAAAAAGCAUAGGACAUCACUUGUCAGUUCGUCGAUCAACUAUUCGUCAACGACGGCCUGUAAAACGGACGCGAUGGAUGAUUCGACGGUGCAAGACGAAACGAAUCAUUCGGCCAAUGGAGGCAAGAAGAAAGACGAAAUCACUGAAAACGAAGAGCAUCCGGAAGAGGCGGAUGAAGACAGCGGUGCUGAGGCUGACGAUAAUGCAGAUCAAGGCGACGAGGAUGAAGACGGAAAUCUUCCGGUGGAGGAGCUGAAACGAAAGAUCGAACGUUUAGGCCGUCAAAGUGCCCAAAUGCUCACUCAGCUGGCCUUGUCGGAUUUGCAAUUGCGAGCACUAAACAUGGGCCAGGAUCGCUUCCGGCGACGUUUAUGGAUAUUACCUCAUGCCGGUGGUGUCUACCUUGAGGCGUUAGAAUCCGGAGAAGCCAACGCUGGACCGUUAGGUACCUGGGACGGUAAACCCGCCCCUCCAAUUGGCCCGCAGCGGAACGGCGAUGAACCUGAUGAGCCUAUGCCAGAAGUUCCAGAAGUGAAAACCGAACAGAUCUCUCAUGAACAAAAACCCGAUCCGGAUGAGCCGAAAGCCGAACUGGAAAUUAAAUCAAUUAGCGUUGCGGAGCCGAUGGAAGAAGAUCAACCGCCGAUCAAAACGGAAGCAACUGAAGAAAUGGCUCCCGUGAAAAGCGAAGAAAAUUCUGAAGCUCCUGGAACAGCAACUGUGACGACCGGUGUCGAACCGAAAAAGGAAGAAGACGUACAGGAAGCCCUUCCUGUCCUUUGGUUCAGCCUCUUUCCUCGCAAUCCGUGCGAUCGCUCCUCUUCGGCCAACCUGGGCAAAGACAAUUUCGGAUCGGAUGCCGAAGAGCAAAGUGACGGCCGACUAAAGAAAGAAGAAACGGCCAAGGAAGAAGCUGAAAAGAUUAUUAUGCAACCCAUUCCAGAAGAAAUGACCCGCGGCUGGUGGCGGAUUGUCGAUCCUGAACAAGUCAAAACUUACGUGGAAUCGCUACAUCCUCGAGGCGUCCGAGAGAAAGAGCUCAACCGAAUGUUGACACGUUUCAUGGAUUUUGCCAGGGAAUCUUGUUUGAAGGGAAAUCCCAAAGAUUUACUACUUAAAGAAUUGCGAAACUCUGAAGAGGUCAAACUCAUCGGUGGAGCAGCUUUGCCGGAUGUGGAAGGCUCAUGGUCGAGAGAGACGUCGUUACGUGGUGACAUCCUUCUCCUGGAACAGAUUGAAGCCUUGGAAGAUCGUGUAGCUUCAGCCAGUAUGCAAAUCAAAGGUUGGAAACUCCCCCCUCGGGCCACAUCCGAAAUGAACCUGAAAUUCCGCACACCGGGAGAUUCUUCAUCCGACGACGAUGACGAUGAACGAGUAAAUCCCAUACAACUGGCCAAAGAAAGACUUUUAAGCGUCGAAUUGGCCAUCGAGCGUCGUUACUUAAAAGCUCCUCUCGGUCAGAGUAAAGGCGAUCUGGUUCAGAGCGUCCUGUCCGGCGCGUGCCCGUCCAGUGAGCCUCCCAAAGCUCUAUUGACAUGGCGCGAAGCCGUCAAACGUUGCGAAACAGCCGCCCAGGUCUCCAUGUGCUUCUACGUGCUGGAAACGUCAGUGGCGUGGGAUAAAUCCAUCAUGAAAGCCAGUUGCCAAUUUUGCCACAGCGGCGAUAAAGAGGACCAGCUCUUGCUGUGCGAUGGUUGUGAUAAAGGUUAUCACACGUACUGCUUCCGGCCGCCAAUGGAUAACAUCCCAGAUGGUGAUUGGUUCUGUUACGAAUGCCGGAACAAAGCUACAGGCCAACGCAAUUGCAUCGUCUGUGGCAAACCGGGUAAUAAGACCAUCAGCGUCCUCUGUGACCAGUGUCCCAAAGCUUACCACAUCGAAUGCCUCCAGCCUCCACUCGCCAAGGUACCCCGAGGCAAGUGGCUGUGUGUCCUAUGCCAUUCCAAAUCGCCUGCCAAGAAAAAAUCUGCCAGUAAGAAAUCGGUGAAUCGAGAGCCGAGGGUCAGCGAAUCUGAAUGCUCUACGGCGACGAGUUCGACCAAAGAGGCUAAAGAGGUUGAAAAGAACGUGCACUCAAACGAUGGUGAAGCCUCUUCUGCUGCCAUUGCUGCUGGCUCGGGACCGAGCGGUACGCCUCCAGUUGCUGCGCCAUCGCCGCGCCGAUCCUCCUCCGCUGUGGCUCUCAAACGUAGCCUUAACCAGGCCCUCGCCAAGGAGAAGGAUCUUGCGCCCUGCAGGGAGAUCCUCGACCAAUUAGAAGCUCACGACGAAGCCUGGCCUUUCCUUUUGCCUGUCAAUACUAAACAAUUUCCCACCUAUAAGAAAAUCAUUCGCUCACCUAUGGAUCUAAGCACCAUCCGCAAGAAACUCAACGACGGCAUAUACAAAACAAGGGAUGAUUUCUGUGCCGACUUGCAACUUAUGUUUGUUAAUUGCGUCACGUUCAACGAGGACGACUCUCCUGUCGGCAAGGCCGGUCACAGCAUGAAAACGUUUUUUGAUUCUCGCUGGGCCGAACUAAUCGCCCACUAAAGACGUUCGAUUCUCUGCCUUGCCACCACUCACUAUCGUCUCUUUUGUCUCUCUAUCCAUCUAUCUCUUUAUACUUAAGAAGAAACACACAAAAAAAGAAGAAGAAAAAACACAUAAAAAAAAGCAUGUACCAUGUAGUUUGUAUUUAAAAUGGCCCACCAAGUGAGCAAUGUCGCAUUAAUUUAUUUGGUCCCAUCACUCAAGAGAUUACCAGAAAUCAUGAGUAGUAUUAUAUUAAUCAACUGUGAAUCAAAAACGACCUGCUAACAAGUGGAAUUUUGAAUUGAUUGAGUACUUUUUUGUGUCUUCGCCAUCUUUUUUUUCUUUCUUUGCUUGUAAACGAGGUUAUGUGCAACAUGUGUAAUUGCCUCCCAUUUAGUUUUCCUCCAUGUCGGUUCUAGAGAUUCACUUGAAAAUGGGCGGCGUGUUGAAAGACUCACCCUGCUGAUAUGAAAAAGGUUAAAAAGACAAACCCGAGCAGGGCUCGCCUAUCUCUGUCGUGAUUAAUCUUGGUGUACAUACGUUUAAAACAUUUCGGAAACAAUAGCGAAGUGGAGCUGAAGUUAUGCACUCCUCUGCCGUUACGAUCGUGUACAUAGCCAUCGCGAAUUACACCCCUCCCCGUUUCGUGUAUUUAUUAUUAUGCACUUAUUUAAAAAUAUGUCUUUUUCGUACGUAUAAUUUCUCAUUGGAUUCCGCCCCGCGACAUUCGGUUAUUUAAAAAGUUGGACGAAAAACAAAACAAAAAAAGAUCAAAUUUGAAAACUCAGGACGUAAUAUCGUGUCCUGGUUUUUCUCCCAUCUCUUGACAAUUACCUUUUUUUUUUUUUUUUUAAUUUUACAAACGGUACUGAGAAAACGAUUCCUUGGCUUCUUUUUUCUUUUUGCCCUGUUUAUUUUUCUAAGCCUCUCUGCAACGCCUACUGUUGAGCGCGGUCAUUCUGUGCGUAUCAUUUGUAAGAGAGGACCGUCACAAAUUCGUUGGUUGCAACGUUAAAAUAAAAUGAAUAUCACGUAAA